GACCAGACCCCACCCACCCCCCUCAAUCACUCCACCCCCUGCACUCCACUCUCUUCCUUAGAGGGCCAAACCCUAAAAACUCCCGCCACCCCCACUAACCCCCUAAACCCACCCCACCCAUCUCACUCUGUGAGCUCAAAUUACUGUUUUUCUCUGUAUUUUCAUGUCUUCUUCCAUUUUUGCUGCUGCUUUGCUCUGUUCUACUCAUUUUUCAUGUGCUCUGCUUCACCAGAUUCAACCCCUCUUCUCUGACUGCUUACACUAUGGAUUCCAUUUGAGGGUUUUGUCCAAUCUUGGAAGAUGAAUGAUCAAAAGGUGUUGAUUUUUGGGUCAUUUACGGAAGAUGAAAUUAAAACUUUGCAAAGCCAGCCAACAACAACUGAUGUAGGGAUCACAUUUGGUUCUUUGGAUUCUGCAGCUCUGAAAUCUGUGGGCCUUUUCAACACUAAAUUGACCGACCUUGAUCAUUCUAAGAAACCUCAGCCACCAGAGCUUGCUCAUAAAGAGAACGUCUCCGAGGUUCAUAGCAGUAUAGUGAAAACCAUAAAGUCAGCAGGCAAAACUAUAAAGGAAUAUGGUAGUUCUAGUUUUACAAAUCCUGAUUACAAUAGGAGUGUGACAGAUUCGAAAACUUUCCAUGAAUUACAUCCAACAGUAAACACCCGAAGUGCUUAUUCAUCAGAGAAAUCAAGCUUAUCGGAAUUGUCUAACAGUGUGGAAGACAUUAAUUUGACAAAUCAACUCAAAAACUAUAACUUGCUGAAUGGUAGACAUAAAUCUUUAAAUGGGUCUGCUGUGGUUUUCAGAAGUUUGUUAGCUCGAGGGUUGGUCAACUUGGGGAACUUGUGCUUUCUUAAUGCAACUCUUCAGGCUCUCCUCUCGUGCUCUCCUUUUGUUCAUCUCCUGCAAGAACUCAAAACACGUGAUAUACCACAGGUUGGGUAUCCAACUUUACAUGCCUUUAUUCAGUUCAUAUCUGAGUUUGGCAUAUUCAGUGAUUCAAGCAUGAAGAAAAAGGAAACAAUUCUUCCAGAAAUUGGGCAGCCUUUUCGACCUUUAAUGUUUGAAUCUGUCCUACAAAACUUUACUCCGGAUGUCCCAAAUAGCUUGACAGGCAGACCGAGGCAGGAAGAUGCUCAGGAGUUCCUCAGUUUUCUCAUGCAUCAGAUGCAUGAUGAAUUGCUAAAGUUAGAGGGUCAAGUACCAAAUGGUAUCGGGAGAAACUCCUCUGUGGUUUCAUCAACAGAUGAUGAGGAAGAGGAUGAUGAUUGGGAGACUGUUGGCCCAAGGAAUAGGACUGCAGUUACUAGAACACAGAGCUUUGUCCCGUCAAAAUUGAGUGAAAUUUUUGGAGGGCAAUUGAAGAGUGUAGUGAAGGCUAAAGGUAACAAAGCCUCAGCAACAGUACAACCAUUUCUUCUGCUCCACCUUAACAUUUUUCCAGAGCCUAUUUGCUCAAUAGAAGAUGCACUUCGGAUGUUUUCUGCACCAGAGGCACUUGAAGGAUAUCGAACGUCAGCAGCUGGAAAGGCUGAAGUAGUCAGUGCCAGCAAGUCUGUUAAGAUUCUGGAGCUUUCUGAUAUAAUGGUGUUGCAUUUAAUGCGCUUUAGCUACGGAAGUGAAGGGAGCACCAAAUUGCAUAAACCCGUGCACUUCCCUUUGGAGCUUGUGUUUGGACGUGAAUUACUUGCCUCUCCCUCUUCUGAGGUUAAGAGGUAUGAACUCGUUGCGACGAUCACUCAUCAUGGAAGGGACCCUUCAAAGGGUCAUUAUACGGCCGAUGCCCGUCAUCCAAGUGGCAAGUGGCUGCGUUAUGAUGACGUGUCAGUCACUGUCAUCCCCAAAAGCUCGGUGCUGCAUGAUCAAGCGUACGUUCUCUUCUACAAACAGUUGUAACUUGUAUUUGGUACUUUCAAGUUGCGCUAAAUUGGUUCAACAAUGAAAAAAGAGAGAUUAGGGAAUAUAUUCUUGUACAUGUAUAAGAAAAGUUCAUAGAUAACAGAUGCAAAUAUAGGAGCAAAAGAUGUAGAGGAAGAGAACCUAUAAUCAGUCACAACUCAGAAGAGCAAUUUUGUGUUCGAGUUGAUAUUCGAAAAGAAGUAUUAGGUAGAUGUUCAAAAAUCCCCUCACCCCCCCCCCCUCCCCCUUCCCGCCUCACCCCCGAGCACCCCAUUUUUUUCACUCGGUUUUUACAGGACUGAAGAUUGUAUUCUAUAUUCUUGAUGUGAAUUAAACUGGAAAAAAAAAACCAGAAAAAUUAUUUAUCUUAUUUUGCCUUUGAAUGGA